GAUAAAAACCACAUGGGAGGAAGUUGAGCCGUGAGCUCGCUCACUCCAGUAUUGGAUGCUCACUAUCGACACUUGGGUGUGAGAUGGCGACGGCCACUUUCAAGACCAAAUUUUGGGACACGGAACUCGGCAAUAUCCAAUCGUAUGAAAAUCUUGUCAAGAGAGUCAAAGAGGAACAAAAAGGAACGAAAGAUCAUCUAGAAUUUCUAAAAUCAAGGGUCCUAGCAGAGGAGUCCCAUGGCAAGGCGCUAGGUAGGUUAGCUAAAAUAUCUGUGGCCAAGAACGAAUUAGGUAUUUUGCAUGGGUCGUGGCAAAAUUCGCACGUGCUGUGCGCCGAUUUUGAAGUGCUGAUCAACUUAUCGGUCCAGAAGCUAAACGCUGAACUAGACCACAAUGUUGAGCUACUCAAUCGGCAAAUGGAACAGCGACGGAAAGAGGAUGAAACUGUGAAAGAAGCGCACCAGGCCGUCAAGCACGCCUUGACCAAACUUCAGUCCAAACAAAAGCUGCAGCAAAUCAAGACCAAAGAACUGGAAAAGGCGCGCGCGUCCGCCCAGGAUUUGCCAGUGGGAACGAAAGAGGCCGCCAAGGCUGGUAAUGUCGUGACAAAGACACAUCAGCAGUGGGAAGCUGCGUGCUCUGCUGUGAACCUGGCAGAGACACAAUUAGAAGAAUGCAGAUCCACUUGGGAGUAUAAAAUGGAGCUUGCGCUUGAGACUUUGCAAGCACUCCAGGAGCAGAGGCUGAACUCGUUGGCGAACUUGCAAGAGGUCCUCCUCGAAACGUUCCAGGAACAGUACCAGACGACGAUAUCGGCUUUGAGCAGAUGGAAAAAUUACUACGAAGACGACGUGACGCAGGAAGUUUGCAAGUUCGUUCAGCGACAUGGUAAUAACAACGAGAGGCCGGCAGUUGUUACCCAGACAGAUUUUAAUGAUGGAUCGAGCGAUACAUCCGAUAUUGUGCUACCAGAUUGUAGGAAUGCAAAAACGAGUAGCAGUAACUUUGGUGCGACAAUGUUGGACAUGUCGUCCAAUAGUUUGCAAAAACUGAAGAAUAUGCUUCCGACUCCAACGACAUUGCGCAAAACGAAAGCUCCGAAAGCUUUGUCUGGGACGGCGGAAUCGAACGAAUUCAUGGUUGACAACUCGCUCUACGGCACUCUCCCGGCACAAUAUUCAACGGACCCUUUCGUUCAAGAUUUGGUUGACGACGAUAGCGAAGAGCCGGUUUAUGCUGUCGUGCAGGAGUCCACCAAAAAAUCCAAGACGUCAAAAUUAUUCAAUUCAAAAAGUGAUGCGAAAAAGUCCGAAGGGUACUCGUUGCAGGACGGCAAAUCGAUGGAAGACAAUUCGGACGACAGCGAGUUCGACGACGAUAGCAAUGGAGUCGCAGGAUCCUACAACGGCGGCGGCGAACUGAUGCGAGUUCUCUACGACUACAACGCAAAGCAUCCGACGGAUAUAUCGUUGCGAGAAGGAUCAUUAGUGCGCUUCAUUGGGAUUGUGAGUGACGAAUGGGUUGAAGUGAGAGCACCUGACGGAAAGCAAGGCUACUUUCCAAGAAAUUACGUCGAGCCAGCAGAUUCUUGAGAUACAUACUGUAUAUAUGCGAUGAGAAGUGAUCUGGACUCAUUAUUUAAGUUAUUCAUUUUUUAUUGUAAGUUAAUAAAGUCAGGACAUGGUUGGUACACGCAUC